GACAAUGGCAACCAUUGAAUCGUUAACGUCAGUGUCAAAAUUAAGACGAUUUUUUUUAGGUUAGAAUUAUAAUAAACAAAAACAAUGUUAAGAAAAAUUAAAUUAUCAUAUUAUUAUUCUGUAUACGCAAAUUUUUCUACAAAAGUCGAAAUCGAUGCUAGACUACGAGACAAUUUUGAAUCUCAAGAAUAUAAACCACGCGAUCAUCCUGGACGAACCAAAGUUAAAAUCGCCACAAUACCGCCCGACAUUCAGAAAGGUAUCAAAGUAAUAUUAGGAGACACGGGUGCUAAGUCUCUGAUACAAGAAAGUGAGGAUCUUUACAACUAUCUUCGAUCAAGGAAAUUACCUCCCGAAGAGGGAGAAAUCAACGAAAAAGCGGCAAACAUUUACAAAACCAUGUCACAUAAAUUUUACUCACAAUUGUCAAAAGAUAGAUCUGAAUUAUCUCAAGAAGAGAUUGAUACAUGUGAAAAGAAAAUACAAACCUCAGUAUUUAACGUUUUAAAGAAAAAUGUGUACAGUUGGGCAAAUAUUUCUUACGAUAAACCUACCUCUUUACAAUAUCUUAUAGCCAGAGCUGCUCCAGAAUAUGCUAUCCUAGUACGUAUAUUUGAUGAAAUACACAGAAAAAUACCUAAUUACAAGCCGAGAAGUUUCUUUGAUUUUGGUUCCGGUGUAGGAACUGGUACUUGGGCAAUAAACACAUAUUGGAAGGAACAUAUUUUCGAAUACUUUUGUGUUGAUACUUCCGUACAUAUGAAUGAUUUAUCCCGUUUAAUACUAUGUGAAGGUAAAGAUAAUGUACCUCUACCAUUUAAAGCAUAUUUUCAAAGACAAUUUCUUCCCGCAUCCACAGAUUUGAAGUACAAUAUAGUAUUAUCAGCAUUUUCCUUAUUCGAAAUGCCAAAUAUGAAGACAAGAUUAGAAACGAUACAGAAAUUAUGGAAUAAAACUGAAGACUUCCUAAUUAUUGUUGAACAGGGUACUAACGCUGGUUUUAAAAUUGUCAACGAAGCUAGAGAGUUUGUGUUAAACAGUAAUAAUGAACAAAAAGGUUAUGCAUUCGCACCUUGUCCGAACGACAGCGUGUGCCCUAGAUAUCUAGAACAUGAAACGCCAUGUAACUUUCUAAUGAAGUAUGAAACUUUAAAAUUCCCAUCGAAAGUUGAAAUCCAAGCAGAUUUGUAUACAUAUAUAAUAAUAAGGAAAGGUGAACGUCCAACAGAUGACCCACAAUGGCCGAGGAUUGUAAGAGCUCCGAUAGUCCGUUCGAGACAUACCGUUUGUAGGUUAUGUACGUCACAAGGGGAGUUGAAGGAGAUUAUCUUUUCAAAAGGAAAAUUUGAUACUACAACUUAUAGAUGUGCUAGGUCAAGUAAUUGGGGAGAUUUAUUACCGGUUAAAUAAAUUUAUCAACUACA